AUGACCAAAUUAACUCCUCCUAUCCCUACCCAAACAUGGACCAAAGGGCCGUACUUCAUCUCGACGGACUCCUCACUUAUCCCCCUCGAAACCCUCAACGACUGGUUCGCAUCAGACGACCUAUACUGGGCAAAGGCACUGCCCCUAGAUAUCCUAAAACAGUUACUUGAGAACUCCCUCUGCUUCGGCCUCUACUACACACCCGACCAGCCAGACAAAGCCAGCGCAGGUCCCGAGUUCGUCGGCAUCGCCCGCUUCAUCACAGAUUACACCACCUUCGUCUACAUCACCGACGUCUACGUGCACUCCAGCCACCAGGGCAAGGGGCUGGGCAGUUGGCUUGUAGAGUGUACUGGCGAGGUUAUCGAUGCGAUGCCGUAUCUGAGACGGAGUAUGUUGUUUACGAUGGACUGGGCCCGGUCGGUGCCGUUUUACAAGAAAAUCCUGGGGAUGAGCGUGCAGGAGAGUAAGAGUGGAGAGGGAAUGGCUAUGAUGAUGAAGAAGGGGAGUGGGUAUCCGAACUAUGAAAAUGGAGCUUGA